AUGGACACCAAAGAAUCCGUUGAACGGUUUGGUGAUGGGGAAGAGGCCUCUUGUUCAGCUCAAAUGCCCUCCUCUGAGCCGCAAAACACAGUGCUCUACACAGUGUUGAACACCGAAGAAGUCGAUUCUUCUAUACGAGAAUUUUCGUAUAUUUGGUCUUCCGGCGGGUUUGAUAUUGGGAAGCCGGAUACCGGCCGUCUUGGUGGAGGAGGAGACGGGUCGUGUCAUAUCGCCAUUUUCAAAAUCGAUACCGAGAAACCAGAAUCUACGCAGAACAAGCACCAAGAUGAACACACCGUUGCGGCAGAGCCUCAGAGUGACCAUGAACUCCUGACUCUUCCUGCUACUUGUUAUUCGGCGGAAAAGGAAAACCAAUCCAUGGACUUGUCGAAAGGCCAUCGUCGAGACAGCUCUAGUGUCUAUACCCCCAUGCCUAGAUUCCCUGUUCCCGAAUCGAGCUUUGACACCCAGUCCAUACAACGCGAGACUAAUCAGCUCAGCAAUUCCGCCAUCAGGCUACCCUUUUACGACGGUGGAAGCGCAAAAUAUUCGGACUGCCUCCAAGACGGGGAGGCAUACUGCACCAACCGAUACGUGCGUCCUGGAACGGCUUCUACCAACCGUGUUAAGAGACCACGCUACCAGCAAGAUGUGCAUUACUGGCAAGAUACAACAAGGGGUGUUCAGUCGUCGGACAUACCGCGAUUUCAAGUAGAGCUGCCUCUCCCUCGGUCACGUUCCGUCGGCCGUCGCUUUAUUUCGAGGUUAAAAUUCUGGAAGCCCGUGAAUCAAGAUAACGCGAGCUCAAAGCCGCAAAGUUAUAUGUCUCACUCCAAACGAAGCAUCACCGCUUCCAUUGCUAGCUCUUGGUCUAGGAAGGCAAAGGGCUAUCUGAAGCAUAUGUCCACCCGAGACAUGUAUCCGCCCAAAAAGGCGAAGAGCUCUCACCACUCGAUUCGAACCGUAUCGCCAAAGUCUAUAUUCUCGCGCCCUCAGAAAUCUCCCGUGUCCAACUACUCGGAUUUUUUGACAGAGCUCAACUCCAAUAAUAGAGUGGGAACUUCGGCGCGCUGUCCAGGAACCCCACUCUCAAGCUGUUCAAAAGAUCUCCCCAUUUUGGAUGUGGAUAUUCAGAUGCCCAUGGGUGAACCUCGACCGUUUCAAUGCACCUUUUGCUUGAUGCAGUGGGAAAACAACGGAGAAUGGACAUUCCACGAGGCUGCAUUUCACAUGAGGCCUUAUGGGAAUUUGUAUCCGCGGGAAGACGCUGCAGGCAAUGUCGAGGACACGGAUGGAGAAGUGAUGUUUUCCAUGUCUGACGUCCUUUCGAUACACACUGAUAACGAACACCCGAUCUCUACCGAUAAAGUAGAAGAGGCAGCGAACGAAUGUCUUAGUUUCGGAUACCACCUAUAUACCGACAAUCCUCAAACCGAAGAAGAACCGAAGAAAGCUGAGUCUUGGAACUGGCUAGAGAAAAGAAGUAGCUGGUUUUGGAACUGUGGAUUCUGCGAACUCAUUUUGCGAACUUGGACGGAGCGUCAGGAACAUCUCGCUGAACACUUUGAGCAAGGAAUCACGAUGCUCUCCUGGAACCCCCUCGCAUCCCCAUAUCCAUUUUCGAAGUUCACUCUCACGCCUGUUGAAGGUUUCCCCCCCUGGGACUUCUCGCCGCUACAUUCCCUGCAGCAACCUGGCUUCCAAGACGAUGUUUAUCGGGCCAGCAACUGCCCAUCCGACCGUGAAUGCAACACUUGCAAGAAGCACUUCCCUGAUGUCCAAUCGUCCAUGCAGCACGCAAAUCUCUGGCACAACACACCCGAAAGCUGGAUCUGCCCUGGCCCUGAGCAUGCCACCAACCCUGCCGUCUUCUUCGACACGGAAACAGUCACCGCAGAUGCAUCAGACUUGGCUUCCCUCAAUCUUGAUGAACACCCCGAUCUCCAAGCUGACCAGACCUCCAUCAACACAAAGACAAUAUACAAAUACGACUACUGCCUAUGCUGCGGGGAAGUGUUCCACGAAUCUCCGCCGGACUGGGACGCACGCAAACAGCACCUUCGAGACAUGCACCACAUAUCUGAAACCGACGAUAUAAGAUACGACCAUAGACAUAACCACGGACAGCGGUUUUACCGAGAGGAGCUAUUUUCGCUACAUUUGGCCAAUUGUCACAACGUGAGAUUAGAUUAUUUAACGGAGUUUACGGAAUUUUGUCGCAAAAAGGCACAAGCGCCGGUGUUGAUGGUUCAGUCAAGGCAUUUGGAAGGAUAA